GGCCAUGGCGCGGCUCACCGUGCUCAGCUGCUCCUGUUGUCUGAGGGCUUUAUGGACGCCAGAGGAGAUGGAUCAACACAGAAGAUCACAAGAAAUAGACAAAGUGUUACAGAAGGAGAGAGAGCGACUCCGAAGACAGCAAUACUCAGAUGGGAUGUGUCCAUUUGUAGUGUCCCGUGAGGGCCGGACAUAGAAUACUUACAGUAUAGAACAUGUACUGGACAGUGGAAUGACCUGCUUGCUUUACCUGUUAGGCUUCAUAGUGAAAUAGUGAAAGUUAAACUCCUCUUGUUGGGGGCUGGGGAGUCUGGCAAAUCAACCUUCCUCAAGCAAAUGCGCAUCAUCCAUGGGUAUCGGUUUGGGCAUGAGGAGAUCGACGAGUAUAGAGAGACCAUUUACAAAAAUAUUGUUAUGGGUAUGAAGGUUCUAGUGGAUGCAAGAGACAAACUUCGGAUACCUUGGGAAGAUGACACGAGAGAGAGUGUAGGAAAGCAUCUCAUGAAGUAUAUGUCAUACAUGCCGCUGGACAGACAAGUGUUUCUGGAAUAUGUUCCAAGCAUCAGGGAUCUCUGGAAAGAUACUGGCAUCAGACAAGCGUACAACAGGAGGGCAGAAUUUCAGCUGACCGACAGUGUUUCAUAUUUCUUCGAUUCCUUAGACAGAAUAGGAGUUUCGGAGUAUAUCCCGACUGAGAAAGACAUUCUUCAUUGUCGCAAAGCCACCAAAGCAAUCACAGAGUUUACCAUUCCCAUUCAAAAUGUUCCCUUUCUAUUUGUGGAUGUGGGAGGACAAAGAACACAGAGACAAAAGUGGUUUCAGUGCUUUGAGAGUGUUACCUCCAUCAUCUUUCUUGCCUCAUCAUCAGAGUUUGACCAGCGGCUCCUGGAAGACAGAGUCACCAAUAGGUUAGAAGAAUCCCUGAACAUCUUUGGGACCAUAGUCAACAAUCGCAACUUUCGUGAUGUUUCCAUAAUUCUCUUUCUCAACAAGACAGAUCUACUCAUCCAGAAAAUCAGAUCAAGACAAAGCAACAUAGCCCAUUACUUUACAGACUUUGUGGGAAACCCACAUGAUGAGAGGUGUGUCCAGCAAUUCAUCCUUCACAAGUUUGUGGAGCAGCGAAGAGGGGACACGACUCGCCGCCCUCUCUUCCACCAUUUCACAACAGCUGUGGAUACAGAAAACAUUAAGGUUGUGUUCAAUUCUGUAAAAGAUACAAUACUUCAAAGAAAUUUAGAAACACUAAUGCUUCAGUGAACAUUGUUAUGUUUUAGGAAAGUGGAACACCUUUAUACAAAAUGCAACUUAGAUAUACAUAGCUACUAAAGACUUUGUACAGGACACAGCAGUAUGUGAAGGGAAAGGUACAUACAGAGUGGAAGCAUGUUUCUUAGUAAGACAUUGGAAAAAGUGUAUGAUGAUGAUUUUUAUUACAGUUGUAUCUGCUUCCUGAAGAAGGUACACAGUACUGUGCUAUACCAUGCCUCAUCCAUUUACAGGCAGAUGUUCCAUUCAUGUUGUGUCACGUCGGCUCUCAUUUAGUACAUUAUAAUGGGAUCUCAUCUGUUGAAGAAAGAUGUAACAGUAAUUCCAAUAUUUUGUUAUGUUCAAAUCAGGAACAAGAAUAGUGUAAAUGUUGAAAAGUGGAUGUCACAGUAGAACAGGUUUUUUCAUAUAAAGCAUCCAAUUUCCUGCACUGUAUAAAGUAUUGAUUGCAUUAUGUUCUCACCUCACCAAGAGUUGUAGGAUGUGGGCACCACACUUGCCUUAUGUUGCACAAGAAAUAAGUUUAUUUACAGCAGUUCGGUAAAAUGCAUACAUUCCGUAUUUUGUGGUAAAAUAACUGUUUUCUUUUCUUUUUCUUGAUUUCCUUCUUUAUUCUUUUUCUUUGUUUUAUUUUUUCCUUCUUGUAUUAUUUGCCUUGAAAAUUUAGUGGAAAAUUCUCAUAUGUUUUGUAAGAAAGAAGCAAUAUUUUAGGCAGAGGCUGGCAUAUAGACUCAAAUCUGUCCUAAUAUUUAAUGCUUAUAGUUACCAUUUCAUUUGCCCUUUGCAAAUACUUUUAACAAUUAUGUAUUUUCAUUUAACCAUGUCAUAUGCUGUGAAUGAAAUUUUCUGGGUUAGGUAAUGAAUUAUUGCAGGUACACCACACACUUUUUUGGCCUUUGGUGGUCCGGCACCUCCUGUACUCUGAACGUUACAAGAGGGAGCUUGUAACUCCCAUAGUCAGCAAACUAGUGUAUUGAGCAAGACACACAUGGUGCUGUGUGUAGCAUGAACCCACUUCACUUUGUAGUGAUGGUCCAGUUGUAUGAGAUUUUUUUUUUAUAUAAUUUCUGACAUUUAACCUUAGCUAUAGUUUCUAAAAGGUAUCCAGGUAUCAGUGCUGAUGACUGACAUAAAUGCCAUUCCAUUUUGAAAUCAUCCUGCUUUUCAGUGGCAUUCACUUACCCACAUGUAGAUUUUUUCCCCACAUUCUUGGUCUCUUGUGCAAGCUUUUCAUUUCAAAGUUACAGAUUUUUUUUUUUAUUAAUGAUGAAUCCACCAAUCUCAGGGUGCUCAGCAGUAACUUUCAGUGGUAGCAGCAGUGGACAUUGUUUUAAUGGUGAAGGGUACUUCUAAGAUAAAUUAGUGCUACUCAGAAACAAAUCUUCUUAGUGAACUGUAAUUUGUUAAUAGAAUUGGAUUCUUAGGUUAGAAUAAAGUGACUUCUAUAUCUACCUCCUGGUGAAGAGGUCAAAGUAUGCUAACAUUCCUUCAUAUUUUGGUAUUAAACAAGUUUUAAGUUCUGGAGACAAUAGUGCUUUCAAGGAUGGUGGGAUUCUAGCAACUGCACUGUUGAGGUUCUCAUUGGGUGCCUGUCUCAAGAUGUUAGUGGAGACGUGUGUUGUCAUCAUUUCAAAAUGGAAGGUGACAUGGUGACGUGGUAGGAUAUGUGCUUCUGUAGUGGAAAACAGGUUAGUUACAUUACUCUAGGCCUGCAGUUUGUUUUAUAGCCUAUUUUUUUAUAUUUCUAGAUCAUAUAAAGAGUAUUUACUAGGAAUGUGGGUUGUUAUUAAGUUAUCUCUUACUAUUUUGUUCUUUCAGCAUUGCUGCUAUUGACAGUUAUGAAUUUGCUACUUUGAAAUGGUAACUUCUAGAAAAUUAUUGAAAAUUUGUAACUUUGGAAUGAAAUUUUUUUGCACAAAAUAUUUAUUGCAUCACAUUUGCGUAAAAUUAACUUAAGUGUAGGGAGUAAUUUGAAAAAAGCAAAUGAAAUCAGAACGAUGGCAAAAAUUGUACGAGUAUUUGGCAUGAUCAUGUGAUGCCAGGAUGGCUUUGACACUGUUAGGUAACCAUGGAGUUUGUUGUUUAUCAUGCAUUUCAUUUGAAUAUUUAUUUUGAUAUUUGAUUUACAUUUGAUAUUUUUAAUUAAGGUAUCUAGCACUAUGUGUUAUAUUGGAGACAGAUUUAUGAUAACGGGAUUAAUUUAUCUCUCGUGUAAUUUUGAUUGGUCUGGCAGAUUGGUUAGUGCAGUAAGCCUUUGGAAGCAAGGGAGCUGGCAAAUUGUUUGUGUUUCAUUGUAUGGUUUGCACUGAUGGUGGUAUGAUGGGGCAAUCUGUUUCACAGUACUGGAAAUUUCUCAACACCAAGGAAUUGUUUCAUCAAAACAUGAGUCUCUCAGACAAGUUGCUUUAUAAUCAGAUCAUUUUUAAAAAGUAGAAAUGACUGUAUUUGUCUUGUACACACCAUGAACUGAUAGUAGAUGCCAGACAUCCUUAUUGCCACACAGCAAGAUCAGAAGUGACACAAACAAAGCCAGCUGUGGUAGCUGACUCAUUAUCAUGUAGAAAUAUAGAACUUCUAUAGCUUUACACUUUUAUAUAAUUCUUUUAUUAUUAAAGUAAGUAUAGCAAAAGUAAUGAUUGCCAAACAUUACUGAAUGAAAUACUGAAAGACAAGUGUGUAUAUGUGUGUUUUUUUUUUUUUUUUUUUUUUUUUUUAUGAUGGUGGUAUACGCUAAUAGCUAAUAUACUCAUUAAAUACAAUUACUUUAAAAACUGUGGUAUAUAUUCAAUAUUGCAUCUUAUAAGUCACAAAGUAUGAUGAAUAUUGUGGCCUAUUGUCAAAUAUCUAAAAACAAGUAAUAAAGUGCAUUGGCAACUUUUUGAUGGGGUUCAUUGUUGCAGGGAGAUCAGGAUUUAGGUAGAUUUAUGAAAGUGUUCUGGGUUAGACACUUCAAAACAAUGGUUUAUUUCAAUCUUGUGAGUGUACGUAUGUAUGCGUGCUUUAGUAUGUAUGUACAUGAAUUUGUAGAGCAUGCAGCAUGAAAAGUAAAAAAAGGACAAAAUAUUAUAAACUCAAAUUUUAUAGUUUCUGAAAGCUUUACAUGUUUUGGAAACAAGAGGGGAGUGAAUAUUUUUCCUCCACUCUGUUGGUGGUGCCAAGUUGUUGCAGCAGCUCACUAAGUUAAUCUCAUGUAUAUAAUGUAAUAUAUUAGUUUUCAUUGUCAGCGAUUGUACAUAUAGAGCAGCACACAUUAUGUUGAAAACAUACCAAUCUGUAAAGAUUUAUAUAUAUAUAUAUAUAUAUAUAUAUAUAUAUAUAUAUAUAUAUAUAUAUAUAUAUAUAUAUAUAUAUCAAGUAAUAAUAAAAAGACAUUCACCUUAUGGUAUCUUCAGUUUAAAAUUUUGUAGUGAUUUUCUCAUCUGCAUUCUAUAAAUGACCUCAUGCACAUCUGCACAGAUAUUUUAAUCAUAAAAUUUGCCCCAUAAGCAUAUGCUAUAUUAUGAUCUUUUAAAUCUCAAAAGUAGUUCAGUGAAUUUGUAUUUUAGUCCAUAAGACAAAAUAUUACAUAAUUUAGUUUGCUAGAUUUUUAAAGUUUGUUAAAAAUACUUGAUUUUCCAUGUGUAUGUAUUUCAUUAUUACUUAAAAGAAGGAACAACAUUUGCUUGGUUCCCUUUUAUUUUUUAUGCUUUCAUAUUUUUUAAUUAUGGGCUGCAGUGUCAAGAUCUGAAAACAAGGUACCAUAGAAGACUCAAGUCAGAGGUUGGAUCUGUUUGAAGAGUAUAAUAUUAUGUACAUAAAUAAUGGAUUGAAUAUUCAGCAAUAUUGUAUUAGGAAGAAAUUGAUCCAAAUAAUGAGAAAAAAUGCUUCAUGAUGUAAUGUGAUGCUUAUACAAACAAACUGGGUUAUGUAGAGGCUCAUGGUGUUGAUUGUAUGAAGUAUAGGUUUAAUAGUAGUUGAAAUUAUCGGGUAACUGGAGAUACCUGUAAAGAUCUGAGUGCUGGUGUGAAUGUAAAAAUUAGUAUCAAAGCAAUUUACAUUAUACCUAAAUUAAUAUUCACAAAAAAAAGAAAGAAAAACAUUGUGGCAGCUUUUAAGACAAUGAGGAAAUAUGGGUGUACUCCUUCAUAGCUUUGGCAAGUAACUGGGAACCAUUGUAUGCAUCAAACUAACAAUAUUUAAUGGUCAUUUUGCAACUUUUGAGGUUUUGAUUUUUUAUUGUUUUAGGCACUUUAAUUCUUACAGUGAGGAGGAACUAUUUCUAUUCACUAAAUGAUUUUUUUCACCUAAAGUGGUGAGUAAAUUUUUCCUUCAUAAAGUAUAAAUAGUGUGAAUAAUAUUUUCAAAAUUUGUGGUUCUUUAAGAUAGUAAUUGCUUGAAGCAUUAUUUUGUCCAUAGCAAGACUUGACUUUUCAAUUUUUUUAAAUCAUAAUUGAAAGUGCCAUCAGUUUUGCAGCCAAAGAAUCAGUUAGCAUUGUCAGUCAUGCAGGCAGUCAACACUUCAUAGAUCUGUAGUGUGAGUUGAAAUAAUCAGGCUAGUUUGUAGUACCGGGCCAAUUGUUCAAAAACAAAAUCUGAACCUUGAUGAUCAACAACACAAUACAAGCUUUAGUAAUUAAUUGGAAAUUUGACAUCAAUUCCUUGAAUUAAACAGUUUCAAGGGAGAAGUACCACAUAUCAGGCAUAUCACUCAUUUGCAGCAAUACUAAAUGUAAAGUAUGAAUGCUGAUGUGUUGGUCAGUGUAUGGCAUGUGUCAGUGCUGCUUCAUAAGAUAGUCAGAAGAUUAUAUUUCCUAAGGGUUUCUUCAUAUAUUCCUUUCUUAUGAUAAAUACUUUAGUAUAUUUUUAUGACAUACGAGUAUUAGAAUUAAGAAACUUCUUACAAAAUCCUUGAGGAAAAAAUGGAUUUUUCAUUGUGUUUUUAGCCAUGAUAAUGAUUUUUUUUAUCAAUGAGUAUUUAUUUGCAUUCCUUGUUAUUUUGAUACUGCUUUUUCAAGAGUCCUUUCCAUAUUAUUUGAUGAAUUACAAAAAAGUUAUACAACUUGGUCAUAACCUUCAAAUAUUGAGUAUAUUAGUGUGUGUGUGUGUAUUCUAUUGAUCAUUUGUUUUUACAAUAUUGUAAGCUCAAAUGGAUGGAUGAAACGUUAAAAAAAUAACUGAUACCAAAAUUUUGUGAAUGCAUUAGAUAUAUUUAUAAAGAUUAAUUAUGAUAUGACUAGAAAAUCAUUUACACAGUGAAAUAGUGUAUUUUUAUUGAAUUAAAAGUAAUUUAUUUAACAUUAAGCAAAAUAACCAUGUAAGUUUCAUUGUUGAUAAUUGAAAAUAGAUGAUAGUUAGGCAAAGGAAUAUUUUAAUUUUUAGUGAUGUUAUGGCUCUGAAUUUGAUAAGAUCUUUUUGUAAGUGAUAUCUCAAACUGUUACCAAUUUGUUUUGUUUUUUCGGUAUUUUUUUUUUAGUUAUUUUCCCUACUGCCAGCCAAAUGAAAUGUUCUUGCUAACUGAUGGUACUUCAUGCCAGUGACAAUUUGUGUGUGGCAAGUAAAAUCAAUCAUUGUGUGAUUUAAGUGGCAGAAAUUUCAGUAUGUAUAAGUGCUAAUUUUUUGUGAUUAGAUUUAUUGCAAGGUUAUCAUUAGUUAUGGAAUAAGUAAUGCCUGUAAGUGAAGUGCAUUAGGGAUUGGUGAGGUGAAUCAAGCGAUGGCAUUGUUAGUCAAGGUGGGCUAAGAAACAAGUAAUACUUAAAUGCACAAAUUGUUUUGUCACAUUGUUCAUGCACAUGGUCCUCACUUUCAAAAUCAGUGAUGUAAAGCAAGACAAUUUGUUCAUUCUUGUAAAUCAAUAAUCUGAAUUGUUUCUUUUUUAGUGUCAUCAUUCUCAUCUUUGAGGUUUCCUUAUUGUUGUUAGUGUUACAUGGACAUAUAGUUAGCACUAGAGUUAUCCUCUUAUCAUUUUAUUGCACAUCACUCAUAAUCAUCAUCACCAUUUUUAUUUAACAUCCUUAUUCACGUUACAAGGGUUUGAUAUCUUAUGAAUCUCUCUUACUUUUUACAGUCAUAUAUAUAUAUUAAACAGUAAGUUUCCUUGACCCUUCUCUAAUUGGGAACAGUUUUUAUUUGAGCCUGGCCUUUCCAUAAGGAGAAUACUGAUCGAGGAUAUGAGAUCCCCCUCCCCAGAGACUGAUCAUUACACCAUGUGGUGCAGUCCACAACAUGAAUGUAUCUCAUAGUAGACAGUAGGGCUGCCACAUCCCUGUGCCAUUUGUUUUAUUCUGCAACACCAAUUUACUAAAUUUACAAUAAGUAAUCUGUAAAAACUUAGGCAUAGAUAUUUGAUUUUAUGUAUACAAAAUUUUUAACCUUAUUGAAAACACAAAUGAUUGGGAGUGAUCUUUGUGUUGAUGUGCUAGAUUUCUAUACCUUUCAUGAGACAAGAUUCUCAGCAAUCUUCACCACAGGGUGAUGGAUACACUUGCUUUUAGACUAAGGCAAUUAAAACGAUCAUGACAGUAUAAGAAUGCAACUCCAGACUUUUGAAUAUCGGGAACCUUAUGUCUAACCUUUCUCAAAUUAACAGGCUGAUCAUUGGAUAUGGUAUAGUCUCAUGUUGAUCCUGCAACUUGUACACCCAACAUGCCCAUUCUAGUUUCAAUUCCAUUUUUAAACUGCCUUUUCUCUUAUUUUUUUACCUACAAAUUAUUGUGUUAUGUUAUUAGAAAAGUAGUAUUACAUAUAAUGUUUCACUAUUGAUUAUAUGUCAGUUAUUCAUGUAUUGCAAUUUUAAUGAAGUUCUACAAAUUGUGCAGCAUCUGGCACAGUUUUUGUUUUCAUGCACUUAGAAACCAAUUUUUCAGCAUCAGAGAUCCCUUGCAGUGUCCUCUGAGCCUCAUUAAACCGUGGCUGCUCUAAGAGUUUGCUAGUUUAUUCACAUACUUUGAAUUCCACAUCUGCAUUAUCAUUAAUCUUUUUUAUCUUCAUAUAUUAUUGGCGAAUACUCUACAUUAUAUGUGAUAGCCAUGACAGAGCAACAUACACACACACACACACACUUUUUUAGGAAAAGAGGAUGAAAUACAGUUUAUCUUUGAUUAACAUAUUAUCUUAUCUAUUUUUGUUUGUCUAUUGUGUUUCCUUCAUUAACAAAGUGCCAUACUCAUUUAUCAAAAUAGGACUUCUCUUAAAAGAUUACAGCUGGUGCACUGCCCAAUUUUAUUAAGAAGUAAACCACAGCUUCAUUCUGCCACCAAAGCAGCCACACAGCUCUUAUACAAAUAGAAGGAAUCUCUUGAGAUGUCAAGCUGACUAGUUCUUUGUUGAUGUUUUUUCUUGUGUGUGUGUAUAUAUAUAUAUAUAUAUAUAUAUAUAUAUAUAUAUAUAUAUAUAUAUAUAUAUAUAUAUAUAUAUAUAUAUGCAUACACACAUAGUUUUCAUUGCUCAAUAAGUAAAGGAAAUGCACAAAAACUGCAUUAUGAGUGAAUUAAAGUGAGGACUGUGUGUAUCAUCAAGCUAUUCAAAGAUGCUCAAAUAUUGUGAUUGAAGUAUUGUAGGGUGUGUGUAAAUAAGUGUAACCCAGGGGAAGAGAGAAGAGAAGAACAAUUCCAGUGACAAAUAUUAGCAAGCUACUUAAAAGACAUGAUGUUUUUGGGUGCUACAGAGUAUGAUAACAGUGUCACAAAGUCCCAUCUUGCUUGUUGAGUAAUGUAAGUGUCACAAGCAUAAGCUGCACAUCCUGUUUCCAGGUAUGUACUGUACCAAGCCUUUGGUAUGUUAUAGUGGCAGCAAUAUAUCACAAUUUAAUGUAUAGUUGUAAGAAAUAUUGUCUUUUUAUAUUGAAAUAUUUAUUGUAUUGAAGUGAUGUAAUAAACUGCCAAUGUUCUUAAUAUACAAGUGAUGUUAAUUUUUAAUCUGCAUUCAUUUCUUAAACAUUGUACUCCUAUAUAGUUUUAUGGAGGAAGGUACACAAAUGUUUAGCUACAGUCAAUGGCAUUACUUGUACAUAUAUACAGUAUAUAUAUUUUUCCCCCUUGGUUGUAAAAAACAGUAGUAUAAUGUAAAUAUUUUGGAGUGCUGAAACUUUAUCAAAAGACUUUAUAAUAUUGGAAGAGAUUGUUAUAACCCUUUUCUUUUUAAUGAUUAGAUCCACUCAGGUAUGGAUUGAGUCAGGUUACUUUACUUUUGAAGGUAUAGUAAAUAUUGAUGUAAACCCCUCGUUAUUACACUUCACAACUCAACAAAAUCAAUCUAGACUUGUAAGUUUUGUAAAAAAAAAAAAUCUAAAAUAGUGUUGCCUGACUCUAACAUUGUGCUGCAAGUGAAGGACAGUUCCAGAUCACUGUGGAGUGUGCCAGCCAGUGUAGUAAAAGACUAAAAUAUUCAAUCCAAAAGUCAAACAAGUUUAGUUCUGCUAUUUGUUUUGUUCCUGCACACUCAUGGAAGAAUUACAAUUGGGCUUCAUGCUGCAGAAUUCCAUGCUGUAGAUUGUUAUU